AUCUUGGUUUGUAUUGCUAGCUGCACCAGCAAAACAGCACUUGAAAAGCUGCGAAAAGGUGGAAAAUGUUCAGGUUGUGAAGAAAUGUCACAGAGAAUGAAAUUUUGUUGCAGUGUGAAACCAAAGAACUCCUUUCCUAUCUCAACUAACUGAAUCGUGGAGGAUUGAAGUGUCCUUCUAUAGUGAUUUCGUUGUGUUGUAAUAUAUAUAAACUUUUUCGAGUUCUGAUUAGCAGCACAUAUGAAUCAGAAUUUCUCAAACUUAAAAAUCGAAGAGAUGCAGUACUUGCCUUAGGAACUGAAUUGCGUGAAAAUGCCAUUAGUAACAUCAGUGUUGUGUGCAAAUGUGGCAUUCCUUUAAAGACAAUAAUCAAGAAAAGUAUUAAAUGCUUUCAAAUAUUUUUAUUAAUAAUUACACAAAACUCGAAUGAAAGUGUGUUUCAAAGGAAAUUGCUCAAACACUAGUAAAACAAAAAAGGAGCUCAUGAAGACAUUGCAGCAAAAAUAACAAAAACGCAAAGUGGCCAAGCUGAGCAGCAAAUAAAUCCAACAGAUUGCAGGUAAUAUUAUCAAGGUGUUCACCCAAUUUGUCUCUCAAGGGAAAGUAACAAUUAGAAUGAAGGAACCACCUCAUGAACUGAGAUUACAGAAUGAACCUGUGCAGUUGAUGAGUUUCUUGAAAUUUCUAAAGAAUUGUUCUGGACAAGCAGUAUCAACAUUGCCAGCUGUUCCAGAGAACCCAAAAUUUACAAAAGGACCUCCAACAACAGUGGUCAUAAAUUCUAUGAAGGAUUAUGGAAAGCUUGACAAAUUGUCCCUUAAUACUGAGAGGUUGCAGAUUUCCAAUAUUAAAAUUUCAGAAUUACCACGUUCUGUUGCACGACUGAAGAAAUUAAAUCUUCUAGAAGUCAAUGAUACUAAUUUAUCAGCUGUUCCACCAUUCAUAAAGACUCUUCCGAAUUUAAUGGAAUUGGUUCUUCCAAACAAUAAUUUGCGUACUAAUGACCUGAAUGUCAUUAUUGAAAGCACCUCUCUAAAGACCAAUCUCAGACUACUGGAUCUGCGGCAUAAUAAGAUUGCAGUAUUACCUAAUGAAAUUCAUCGCCUUCAGGCACUUGUUACUCUCAGGCUGGACCAUAAUGAACUCAAUACAAUUCCACAUACCAUAUCGAAUUUGAAGAAUUUGAGAUGCCUCUCUCUCAGUGAUAACAUCAUCAUAUCAUAUCCAUAUUCAGUCCGUUUUUUGAGACAUGUAGCAUUUGAUGUAUCAAACAAUAAACAUGUUUUUCCGGGUCCCUUACCUCAUGACACGGAUUGGAGCCGAGCAAUUAGAAGUGAGAAGGAACUUACUCUGGCACGCUAUACAGGAAUGCACAGCCUUAAGGAACUAGCAAGCAGAGUUCUGUUCGAUAAAAGGUUGGAUUUUACAGAAUUUGGAUUGCCACUAGCGCUUCAGAGACACUUACAGUGUUUCAAAAUGUGCCACCUGUGUCAUAAAGCAUGUUUUGAUGAAUAUUUUAUUUUCUUUGAAUGUAUUCCUCUGAAAUUCUGUGUGGCAGCUUUAGUUUCAUCUGUGCCGGGUAUGACUGUACAUUAUUAUAUUUGUUCGCUCAAAUGUAUGUUGCUUGCAUAUCCAAAACUUAACAAACAUUCUCAAGCAGGGCUGCGUUAUGUGAGUUACUCAAAGUAUUGUCAGUGUGAAAAGUAAAAAUCUAAAUAAUGAAGAUUAUAUAGUUCCUCUUAAAGCAUAAGGUGUCUCAUAUGCAUACAAUGCAGUUGAUCAUAGAACUGAUUGUCAAAUAUAAGUUGUCAACAAGAAACUUUCAAUUUUCUAAUAAAGUAAGCUUCCCUGUC